GGAAUGCCUUUUAAAAUAGGUUAAAGAAAAAUUCCACUCAAUUUUCCAGAUCUUAUCUCUGAUGAAUAAUAAAUAACCUAUCCACAUGGCAGGUAUAUUUUCUAACGGAACCUACCGGUUUUUUCACUAGCCGGGCGUGGUGUAGUGCGGCUGCGCGACAAUCGCAUAUUCUUCAAUGAAGCAGUUUAAGAAGACUGAAUUAUGAAUCUCAUAUUAAUAUACAUAGCCAUAUUACAAAUAUGUGCAGCACAGGACUACCCACCACCCACAUAUAACCCAAACCAGCCGAAUGACUACCUUAGCAAUGAUCCACGGUACGACAACCCAUAUGAUCCAAACAAGAGGUACCAGAACAAAGACCAGUAUGAUUCAGGCCGGAAUAAGUAUGAUGUAGACCAGAGGUAUAACCAGAACUCCUUUCCGGAUAAUACUCCUCGGCCAGCAUGGGAUAGCAGUAGGACUUACAGCAGCACAUCAUACAAAUCUGGUGUUUUGGAUCAUGACAGCGUUAUUAUACAUGAAGCGACAUACUUCAUAGUGGCCUCGCGCAUGGUCCGCCCGGGCCAGAUAUACAAGAUCUCGGCAAACAUCUUGAAGUCACGACUGCAGAUGACCAUCCGAGCAUCUAUCUCAUGUAAUGGAGUGGAGAUUGCUGACGUCACACAGCCUGUUAAGGAGGGGGUGCCAGAGAUACUUAAUAUGAGGGUCCCGCCAACCACAGUGCCAGGAGACUACAAGCUGCGAGUGGAAGGGUUGUAUUUAGACACGCCGUUCGGGGGCCGCGCGUUCGUCAACGAGACGCAGCUCACGUUCUCGAAGCGGUUCAUGACUAUUUUCAUACAGACAGACAAGCCUGUAUACAUGCAAGGGCAGACGGUUCGUUUCCGCGUGAUCCCGAUCAACACGGAGCUGAAGGCGUUCGGACGAGCGAUCGACGUGUUCAUACUCGACCCCAACCGACGCAUCAUGAAGAGGUGGCUCUCUAGACAGAGUAACUUCGGCACAGUGAGCCUGCAGUACCAGAUGUCGGACCAGCCGCUGUUCGGCGAGUGGUACAUCCGCGUGGAGGCGCUCGGACAGAUCGAGGAGACGCAGUUCCUCGUCGAGGAGUACUACCAGACCAGAUACGAGGUGAACGUGACGAUGCCGGCGUUCUUCUUCAACACGGAGCCGUUCAUCCACGGGCGCAUCAUGGCCAACUACACGUCCGGCGCCCCCGUGCGCGGCAACCUCACGCUCCGCGCCACGCUGCGGCCCAUCCCGCAGUACCGCCCGCAGCGCCUGUACCAGGGGAACAACUUCAACCAGAACGUGCGAGUGCGCCAAAACUACAACCCGUACAUAUACAACGAGAGCGGGUACCAGCCGACCGAGUACCCCGGGCAGACGGUGGACGAGUUCGGGCGCGUGACGUCACAGCGGUACCUCCCCGGCCAGCCCAACCAGGUCGACCAGCCCGACUGGUGGUACGACCAGCAGAAGGUCGUCACCAGGAUGUUUAACUUUGAUGAAAAAUACCCGUUCUGGAUGGCCAAACCUGACCCGACAGAGUACGCGAUCCAGCACAACAUUAACAACCCCGAGUACAAUGCGUACGCGACGCCCUCCACAUACAACUACUACAACAACAAUCCGUACUACGACCAGCUGCCGUACUUGAGAUACUUUAACGGAACAUACGACUUCAAAUACCCGAUGUCGGAGCUCGCCCAACUGGUCCCGGACCUCGACGGCGUGGAGGUGAUCAUCACUGCGUCCGUCGGAGACCCGUUCCUGGACGACAUCAUCGAGGGAUACAGCAUCGCGAGGAUCUUCAACUCCUCGUUGGCGGUCACCUUCCUCGGUGGCUCGCCGCAGGUCUUCAAGCCGGCCAUGCCUUUUGAUGUUUACAUGGCAGUGUCGUACCACGACGGGUCGCCGCUGCCGCGCUGGCAGGCGGCGGGCGUGGCGCUGCAGGUGUCGCUGCAGGUCGAAGGUCGCUCCGCCAACAUCGAGCCGCUGCGGCCUGCCCUCGCGCCCGGACACCACGCCGUCUGGCAUCUCCGACUCGAUCUAUACAACUUGCUCAGAUUGGAGAACGAUCCGAACUACCGCGAGAUACUGAACAGCAUCACGGGCGUGCGGCUGAGCGCGUCGGUGACGGACGGCGCGGGCGCACACGCCAACGCCGACCUGCGCUUCGUGGCGCACUACAGCGCCUCGCACCACCACGUGCGCGUCUCCACCAGCACCACCGACGCCAGGGUUGGUGAGUACAUAAUAUUCCAUGUACAAAGCAACUUCUACAUGGAGACAUUCAACUAUGUGGUGAUGUCCAAGGGCAUUAUCCUCACCAGCGAUCAGGAAGUUAUGCAGGAGGGUGUGCGCACGUUCGCGGUGUCGGUGUCUGCGGAGAUGGCGCCCGUGGCCACGGUGGUGGUGUGGGCCGCCACGCGCCGCGGGGACGUGCUAGCCGACUCACUCACCUUCCCCGUCAACGGCAUAUCUAGGAACAAUUUCACGGUGUACAUAAACAACCGUAAGCACCGUACGGGCGAGCGCGUGGAGGUGGCCAUCUUCGGCGAGCCCGGCGCAUACGUGGGGCUGUCCGGCAUCGACAACGCCUUCUACACCAUGCAGGCCGGGAACGAACUCACCUACGCCAAGGUGAUAUCGAAGAUGUCGUACUUCGACGAAAGUACUAACGGCACGUUCGCGUACACGUGGCGCUCGCACUUCGGCGACGCGGACCAGCUCGUCUACUUCCCCUCAUCGACCUUCGGCAUCGACGCUAACAGGACCUUUGAAUACGCGGGGCUGGUGGUGCUGAGCGACGUGGCGCUGUCGCGGCGGCCGAGCGGCUGCGAGCACGCGGCGGGGCAGCGCGAGUGCCUGGCGGGCGGGUGCUACGCGCCGCACGAGCACUGCGACGGCGUGCUCAACUGCCAGGACGGCACCGACGAGGCGGGAUGUGAACACGACGACACAUCCGACCUCUCCCACUUCCGCAAGUUCCGGUUCAACCGCGUGCAGCGCCAGUACGACAACGUGUGGGUGUGGCGCGACGUCAACAUCGGCCCGCACGGACGAUACGUGUUCACCGUCGACGUGCCGCAGGCUCCGGCACACUGGACCGUGUCAGCGUUCAGCAUGUCGCCGACACUCGGCCUCGGCAUGCUCACCGAGCCUUUACAGUACGUGGGCAUCCUCCCGUUCUUCAUCACGGUGGAGGGUCCGGAGCGGUGCCGGCAGGGAGAGCAGGUCGGCCUGCGCGUCGUGGUGUUCAACUACCAGCCCAUGGACAUCGAAGCGGUGGUGGUGUUGUCCGCCUCGCCUGACUACAAGUUCGUGCAUGUUGAGGAGAAUGGCAUUGUCCGCUCGUACAACCCGCGCACGUCGUUCGGCGAGCACCAGUUCUUCGUGUACAUCUCGGCGGGCGGCGCCGCCACCGUGCACGUGCCCGUCGUGCCCACGCGCCUCGGCCGCAUCGCCGUGCAGCUGCACGCCUCCACGCUCAUGGGGCGACACAACUACGUCAAGGAGAUCACCGUCGAGCCCGACGGCCUGCCCCAGUACCGCCAUCAGUCCGUCCUGCUCGACCUGUCGAACCGAGCGUACGUGUUCCAAUAUAUGCACGUGAACGUGACCGAGACGCCCGUCAUCCCGUACGAGGUGGACCGUUACUAUGUGUUCGGGUCGAACCGGGCGCGGGUGACGGUGGUGGGCGACGUCGUAGGCCCGCUGUUCCCCACCAUGCCCGUCAACGCGACCAGUCUGCUUGAUCUGCCCAUGGACUCGGCGGAACAGAACAUGUUCUCGUUCGCAGUGAACAUGUACAUGACGCUGUACAUGCGUCUGAUCAACCAGCGCAACCGCACGCUCGAGCGCGACGCGUUCUACCACAUGAACAUACUGUACCAGCGGCAGCUCUCCUUCAUGAAGCCGGAUGGUUCAUUCAGUCUCUUCAGGAGCGAUUGGAAUCAAUCAGCGUCGAGUGUGUGGCUGACAUCAUUCUGCGCGAAGAUAUUCCAAGACGCGUCGUUCAACGAGUGGGAGAACUUCAUAUACAUAGACCCUGAUGUGAUCUCGAUGGCCGUUUCCUGGGUUUUGGAGCAUCAAACCCCUGAAGGUGCAUUCUACGAGGUGACGUGGUUGCCGGACCGCAAUGACAACUCCACGCUGCGCGUGCCGAAGAACUCGUCUCUGUACCGCGAGGUCCUCAGCAAACCUGGGUGGCACGACCCGCACGCAGUAGAGAGAAAUGAUUCCAUAAUACUGCAACGGAACCUGACGCUGACAGCCCAAGUGUUGAUCACGCUGGAGACAGUCAAGAAUCUAAAGGACAUUGGAACACGAGAGGGUCUGAGCGCGCGGGUGGGCGCGGCGCAGAAGCGCGCGCUGGACUGGCUGGAGCGGCACCUGGCGCUGCUGCACGACUUCGGCGAGCCCUACUGCACCGCCGUCGUCGCCUACGCGCUCACGCUCUGCAAGGCGCCCUCCUCCGACCACGCCUUCCGCCUGCUCAAGCGCCUGCAGCGGUCCGAAGGUGGUCUAGUAUAUUGGGGCAAGGAGCCAGUGCCACAACCCCCAUACAAGAUGGAGAACCAGAAGCCGUUCUUACCUCGGCUGCCGUACAAAUACGACAGUAACAACGUCGCGGCCACUGCGUACGCGCUGCUCGCCUGCAUGGACCACCAGGACAACAACGAGGCUAUAGUGAUGUGGCUCAACGCACAACGACUGAGGGAUGGAGGCUGGGCUUCUACACAGGACACGUACAUCGCCUUACGCGCGCUGAUCGAGUACACGAACCGGAAGCGCCUGCGAGACGUGAGCGCCCUCACGGUCAAUAUUGACGCCGUGGCGCUCCCUGACUCCACCACGCUGCACGUGCGCAACGACAACCUCGCCAUCAUGCAGAGCCUCGACAUCCCGGAAGCGUGGGGCACGGUGAAGGUAACGGCUCGCGGAGCGGGGUACGCGAUACUGCAGAUGUCGGUGCAGUACAACGUGGACGUGGCGCGGUUCCAGACCGAGCCGCCCGUCCGCGCCUUCCAGCUGCUCUCCUCGCAACACUACUACGGCAGGAAUCACUCGCACAUACACUUCCAGACUUGCGCCAGCUGGACGUUGACGGAGGAGUCGCCGCGGUCUGGCCUGGCGGUGCUGGAGGUGGGCGUGCCGACGGGCUACUUAGUGCAGCAGCAGCGCCUGGACGCGUACGUGCUGGCGCGCCAGGUGCCCACGCUGCAGCGCGCCAAGUACCACCCCACCAAGAUCGUCUUCUACUUCGACUAUCUAAGCCCGGAUCUGACGUGCGUGAACUACACGAUCGAGCGCUGGUUCCCCGUGGCGAACAUGUCACGGUACCUGCCUAUACGUGUAUACGACUACUACGCUCCAGAGCGAUUCAACGAGACGAUAUUCGACGCGCUACCGACUUACCUAUUGAACAUAUGCGAGGUAUGUGGAUCUUCGCAGUGUCCCUACUGUGCGAUAUACAACGCGGCAGUGGUAUACACUCUGCCUACCACCUUACUGCUGCUGUCGAUAGCCUGCGUCGUACGGACGCUAUACGGCUCUUAGUACGAUAGUAGUGACAGUUCUGGCCUCAUUGACAUGUUUAUUAUCAGCCCUGUAUAAUGCCCACUGUUGGACUCGUGCCCAACAGUGGGGAUAAAUAUAAUUGUGACCAAACCACUUCCCCUUGGAUAUUGGUGCAAAAUAAUAAAUACACGUAACUUCAAUGUAUUUAAAAAGCCACAGAACUGUCAAAAAUCCAUACGCUUUAAAAUUAUAAAUGUAAGUAAUGAAAUAUUACAAACUACCCUCAUAGUGAAACUAUACAUAUAAUUUGAGGAACAACAUUAUAAUUUAUAACAUGGUAAAAUGGUUUUAAUUGAUUAGGCAAGAAAUUAGGCACUUUUUAAUGGUUGAUUGACUGACUGACUCCAAUCUUUAUACUUGGUCUGAAGUUAGUCACAUAUUUUUGUGACUGAUUCCAGGCUUCCAUGAAGAUUGUCGGCAGAUGAAUAAUCUAAGAUACAAAAAUUAUGCACAAAUUUUAUAGAAAAAACGCAACAAAAUCUUUCUAAUGAUGUACAAAAUCGUUAUAAUGUUGUUCACCAAUAAUAUCAGCGAUAUAUCACAAUGACAUGACUUUUGUAAAUAAAAACUUUUUAUAUACUUCAUGCUGUUCAUAUGUAUAAUGCAUAAGUUGACGCAUUUGCUGACAAUUUAAUCCAUCAAUCAUUGCCAGAUUUCAGGUUUGACUUAUUUGAAAAAAAUGUGAUGGGGUAUUUUAUUAAUUUUAAAAAUAAUGUUAUUUCGUUCAUAAAUAAAGAAGAUACAAGUGUUUUAAUCUGACAGGGUAAUAGACAUCGUCAUGAAUGCAUCGAGUGACGUCAUAGCUAUUAUAGUGAAUGCGCGCGAAAGAGAAAGCGAGACGUUCUCACUCCGUGCCAAUGCUCUUUAAUAAAAGCAUGUGAUUAUGUUCAUUCAUUUUACCAUACAUUUUAUUAGAAAGGUCUUUGAUUUUUUGUUGGUAGAGUUAAACACCCCCUUAAAUUUGAAAUUCUGUCAUUGGUCAACUUAUGUUUAAUAUACAGUGGACAGUGAAUGAUCAUUUGUAGAAAUUAGGUAAUGUUUCUUUUGUAGAUUUUAUACUGAAUGUUGCACGAUUGAAUCGAUUCGAAAGAUCAUAAGAUUUGCAAUAUUUUUUUUUAUUAUUUCAAAAAGAUCAAGUGAUCAUAAAAAUGACAAUUCAUGUUUUUAUAAAAAAUGUAAUAUAAAAUAACUAAAUUUGACAAGUCCGCCCUUUACGAUACCCAAGUGGUAAACACUUUUAUUAUAACGGAAUGUUGCACACUAAAAGUUUAAAAUUUAACUAACCACCGUGUAGUAUGUAGUUGUAAUAGAGUUUGACCCUAUUCAGUAGAAUAAAUCGAAUGAUAUUUAAAAAAUCUAUUAAAUAUAGAAAUCUCUUAUAUAAUGUACAAACUUCAAGAGUUUAUAUAUCAUAUCAAUAAAAAUCUAAAAAUCUUAACAAAAUGAAUAUUUUAAGUAUAUAUUCACUGUCGAAUGGAUUUAAUGUGAACGUAUUUCUCAAUUUACAUACAUAAAAAACCUCUUCAUUCCUUUUACAUGUACAAAUGACUGAUAUAAAAUUACUUGAGAGAAUAGUUAAGCCGAUUAUACAUAAUAGAAUUUUCUGGCGCGACAGAGACGAGAAUACAAGAAAAUAUACUUUUGGCAAA